AUGCAAAGUGAGGUGCCAUUUGAGUCUCAGUUACCUCCGUUGUCAGUUGUGGGUGGCAUACCGGCUUAUAUAAAACAGUUUCCACACAUGGCUCUGAUAGGCUUUGGUGACACUACAGCAGAUGAAGAGGAUUGGAGAUGCGGAGGUUCGCUGAUAAGCGAAAGAUGGAUAUUAACUGCAGCGCACUGUCAACAGAGUUCUGGGAAUCUGAUGGCUCGUUGGGUUCGCCUCGGAGUUUCGGAAAGAGUCGGUACACUCUUUAAUGAAAGCAGAGUAGAUCGGUCCAAGGACUAUCAAAUAGUAGAGCAUAUAAUACAUCCCGAUUAUAAACCACCUUCGCUAUACAACGAUAUAGCUCUAUUCCGUUUGGAAAACGACGUCGAAUUCUCCGAAGCAGUGCGACCCAUUUGUCUCAACUCAUAUCCGUAUAUACGCCAUUAA